AUGCCGAUGCUGCCUUCUCGGCGGUCUCACCCCCCCUCCCUCAGCUGUGUCCACGAGCCCGUGCGCGCUGUCUCCUGUGUCCGCGUCUCCUUCCCUGCGGUCGCCAGGCUGGCUUCGCUCUUCCACAGCAGACGUCAGUUGACUACUCAUCACGUGGAUGACGCCGCUAGCUGCUCUGAGGGACACCCAGGAGUAAAACGCACAGCCCCUUUCCGGCAAGGCGUUUCUAGUCUGUCUGGAAGACAGUUGCCAGGUAGCGAACACUCUGUGCAGUGCCUCACUGCUGGCCGUGUGUCUCAGGCAAAUCAUUCUCCCUUUCGAAAGCCUGCAGGCACUCUCGCAACAGCCUGCCGGGUUCCGCUGUUCCCGCCGUCCAGGCAGGAAGCGGAGGCUCCGGACCUGAUGCCGUUUGCCCGGGACCACUCGUUCGUGUUCCCCAAAGCGCCCUUGCUGUUGCUGAAGUAG